UUUAUCCCAUGCAAUUGUCUUGUGCACUCUCCAACACUCUCCUCUACUUGUGUGUUCUUGUGCAAACCCUCUCUCUCUUUCUCUCUCUCUCGCUCUCUUUUUCUUUCUGCUAUAAAAACUAACUUUUAUAAAUGUACCCUGACAAAUAAAGUUUCUUCUUCCCAUUUGUCUCUCUUUCUCUCAUCAGUUCUAUAUAUAUAUAUAUAUAUAUGUUUUAUAUUUUCCAUUAAUUUCUUUCUCACUCUUGCUUUUUUUUCCAUUAAUUUCUUUCUCACUCUUGCUUUCAAAUAUAUAUACAUUAUAUUCAUACAAAUAUAGUAGAAAUUUUUAAUCAGAAAGAGAUAUGUCAAGCAGAAGGUCAAGAUCUAGGCAAUCAGGUGGUUCAAGGAUCACUGACGAUCAGAUCAAUGAUCUUGUUUCAAAGUUGCAACAGCUUCUUCCUGAGAUUCGUGAUCGGCGUUCUGACAAGGUCUCAGCAGCAAAGGUGCUACAGGAAACUUGCAACUACAUAAGAAGCCUGCACAGAGAGGUAGAUGAUCUAAGUGAGAGACUUUCUGAGCUUUUAUCUACAACUGACACUGCCCAAGCCGCAAUUAUAAGGAGUUUGCUUAUGCAGUAGACACACUUUUCACUAUUCUAUUUUAUUAGACAACUAUGUAAUAGGCCAUCCUACUAUUUCUUUUUUUUUUUUCUUUUUUUUCCCCCCUUCACUCUCUCUCUAGGGUUUUUGUCACUGGACUGAAACUGUAGUAGCUGGUUUACUAAUGAGUGUUUAGAAGAUAUUUUGCAAAGGUGUGUGUGUUAGUAUAAUAAAAAGGACACUCCAAGUGCUCACAA